GUUGCCACGACAAGGCCGUGCUGCUCUACGAGUACGUGGGGAAGCGCAUCGUGGACCUGCAGCACACGGAGGUGCCCGACGCCUAUCGAGGGAGAGGAAUUGCCAAGCACCUGGCAAAGGCAGCCCUGGACUUUGUGGUGGAGGAGGACCUGAAGGCGCACCUGACGUGCUGGUACAUUCAGAAAUACGUCAAGGAGAACCCUCUGCCGCAGUACCUGGAACAUUUGCAGCCUUAAGGCAGGACUGCUCCCUCACCAGCACACCUGGCCCUGACUGUUCAAGGCGGCCUUGGCUUCUCUGCAGUCUCAGGAACCCCCUUCCCACACUGGCAAUUCCCGGUUUUUUAGCGUGUCCAUGCGGUGUGUGAGUGUGGGCACCUCCUCCUCCUCCUCCUCUGUGCCCACGUGGGAGCAUGGCCACAGCCCCUGGGCCAGGCUGCUCCGGGCACACAGGGUGCCCACCAGUGCUUUUCCCAAGCCAGGGGAUAGAAGAGGGUGAAUUUUCCACCAAACUCCAUUGCAAGGCCAGGGCAUGACUUGUUCUGCACCUCAUCCUCUCCCCCCUGCUUGGCAACAGCUCUGAACUUGCUGGGGGAUGUUGGUUAGGGCUGCUCAUGGGGUACCAGCCCCCCUUUGCUCCUGGCAGCUGGGGAGAUGCUGUGGGUUCAGCUCUGUGGGACAGAGGGAGGUGCUGGAGGAGCCCCAGCCCUGUGUCAGGCUCAUCCCCUGCAGCACCUGGUGGGCACCAGGCCGUGUCCAAGGCCACCUGCAGUUCAUACCAGAACAUGUGGACCAUGGUGGCACCUCGGGGGCUUUGCUGCCCUGGCUGUGGACACACUGGGAUGGUGACACCCUUGAGCCUGGAGACAAGAGCCCUGUGAGGAGUGGACUUGGACUGCAGAGUCUGUGCAGAGUAAGAAACGUGGCUGAGUUGCAGAUGCUGCUCCCUGGAGAUGCCAUCUCCCGCCCAGCUUGUGUACACAACCCUGAAGUGGCAUCCCAGAGGGUCAUGGACUGUUACUCGUUUCUCCCUGCCCUUGGUGUGGACACAGCCUGCUCAGGAGAAGAGACCAGCCCCACAGCCAGCCUUGGCCUGAGCACUGAGGGACAUCCCAGGACACCAGGGUGGUUUCCUGCAGCUGAAGAGGAAGGCUCCUCUCAUCUCCCUCUUCUCCACCUCUGCAUCCCUGUCAGUGCCCCAGAUCAGCCCCACCAGGACGUCCUGAGAGCAGCAGGGUGAGGCCUCCAGGACCUGCUCCUGGCCCAUCUGCAGGGUUCAGUGCUGGAGGUGCCUGCAUCCAUUGCAUCCCCGUGGAUCCCAAUGGCUCCUCCUUACAGCCUUUGGGAAGCAGCCCUGGCUCCUGGCAUUACCUGGCUGCUCAGGGCACUGGCAGCAUCGUGGGGACCUUGGCCAGCAGCAGGAACACCCUCAUUUCGUGCUCUUACCUCGGUGGAUGAUGAUUCUGUAGCACAACCCAGCAUUGCCACCCUCAGAUGUGGAGGUGACACCACGAUGGCAGGGCACUGCCAGCUCCCAGCUUGCUGCCUGUCCUGCCUUGCCUGCGUUCUCCAGGGCCUGAGCUGCACCUCAGAGCAUCUCACACUGAGCUCUCAGGAUUCUGUAGUGUCCCAAGGCAGGGCUGUGCUGAGGGAGGGAUUUGUUUUCAACACCCCCAGCCCUGGCUGCAGCCAGGCAGGACAUGGAGAACCUCUCACCUGGAGACCAAACCCAGGCCUUGCUGAGCUCAGCAGGGACUAAAGUUUACAGUCUGUGCCACGGAGUGACUGAAGCCCCAGGUGAGAGGCAGCUCAGCCCUUUCCCAGAGCCCAGCACAAAAUCCAUGGCAGCAAAGGCAAAAACUCCUACAAACUUCUCUCCUGGUUGGGGUGGCCAGAGAUGGAGACCCUGUGCCAGGAUUUCAGCCUGAGCUGUCCCUGGCCACCAGCUCGAGGGGAACCCUUGCUGCCUGCCCGUGCUUUGGGCUGCCCAUCACCAGCACAGCACAGCCCAGCCCUCUCAGGCUUCCAGAACUCCCAACCUCCAUCCCUGCCCUGCACACUGCAGGCUCUGAGACCCCUGCCCGUGCCCACCACCUGUGCCAGGGGGCAGAGCCACCUCUGCCCUGUGCUGCUCAGGAAAGGCUUCAAGCUCAGCCCUGCCUCUGCUUCAUUUCUGCCCUCCUGCUGCUGAUUUCACCCAGGCUGUGACCUUCAGGGUGGCUUUGAGGGACUGGGAAAGGGUAACAAACUGAAGGGGCUCAAGAAGAAAUGUGGGCUGCUAAAUGUUCUUUCUUUAACAUGCACAACACACUUCAACACACAGUUACAGGAGCAAGGCUGGCUCUGGUGCUGCUGUGAUGGCUGAACCAUCUCUUCUCUUGAUUCCAAGGUGAAGCUGAGCUGUUUUGCCCCCUGGAAGCCAAGAUCAGACACUUGUGUCUGUGCCACAGCAGGGCUGGGUGCGAUGCUUGAGCUCUGUCCUGCUUUAGUGCUCAUUCCCACUGUGAGCAGUCUCCAGCAGCCCCCUGACAUGUCAGCUCACUGCAGGGUGUGCUGUGCUCAGUGUCUGGGCAGAGCCCCACGCCCAGCCUGGCUCUGGAGCCCCGGUGCUGCUCUGGCAGGAACCCGGAGCUUCCCGGCGCUGGAUCCCGCAGCGAUCGCUGCCUUAACUCAGCACAGCUCCCGGUUCUGCUGCUGCUUCCUUCGAGGUGCUACAACCCCCUGGUGUCUGAGCUGGCAGGGACCUGUGCCAGUGGCUGUGCCAACCCUUUCUCUGCUGUGUCCCUGCUCUGUCCCUCCUCCUGGAUGCCAGUGAAUAGCAAUACCCGCAGCUCACCAGCGAUGAGCCCACGGUGCUCCUGUGACCCUGCAUGGCUGGGUGGGACCUGCCUGGGGGUCCCUCGGUGCUGGGUAACCCUUCCCUGCCUCCCCACCAGCUGCCUUUGCCCAGCUGGUCUCUGCAGAAAGGAGCUUUGAGUCCUGUGCUGCCCCUUGGUGCUGAUUAAGCCUGGAGGAGUUUGGGAUUUUGGACUCUCCCCGGGCAACAGGAGCAUGGAAGUGGUUUGGUUGAAUACUGAGCUCCCCAAACCCGUUUGAACUACAGACCUGUGGUGGGUGGGGGAAUGCAGGUGGCUGUCAGACCUGCUUCCACAGCCCCCAACUUGAAACACCCCCUUCCUCAUCCGCUCUCCAGCGUUGUCUUCCUCUGUCCCAGGUUUCCGUUCUGUUGGAUUCGGUGGUUACGAUGUGCCUUUCCUUCUCAGGACCUGUUACAAACAACCUUUCUGCUCUUGUUUAUGUUUAACAUUUAUCUUGACCCCUCCCUCUGUCAUACUAUAAAACAUGAACAUAAUGCAUGGAAUACAAUACAAUAAAAGUGUGGCUUAACUGA